CACUAUCCGCAGGCUGCAGUUUGAGGCGGCGCGCUUUCCAAGAGAGCAAACCCCACUACUGAGCCUCCGCCAACAUGCAAGGGACCAGGUCCGUCCCCCUCCAGUUUCUUUCCGUCCCCUCCAAUCCUAUCCGGAGGAUUGUUAAAGGGAAGUUCACCGCGGCCAGGCACAGAAUGUGAAAGUCUAGCCGGCACUCCCUCUCCAGGGGCGGUUCGAGAACGAGGGCCUCGUCCCCCUAUGACCAAGCACAGCAGAGACGGCAACAGUGGUGACGGUGUGAUUGUGGAGGGGCAGCUCUUGGACGUGUCUCGCCAUCUCAUCUUGGAUGAUGCUGACAAAAAGGAGCGCUACUUCGUGCUAUACAUCAGGCCAAGACUUGUUCAUCGCCGCAAAUUUGACCCCAAGGGGAAGGAGGUGGAGCCCAACUUCAGUGAAACCCGGAAGGUCAAUACUGGCUUCCUCAUGGCAUCCUACAAGGUGGAGGCCAAGGGUAAGACUGACAGGAUGACCCCAGAAGAGCUGGAGUGCCUGGUGAUCAAGCCAGAGUUGGUGAAGGUGACACAGCCCUACACACCCAGCCAGGCUGUGGCCUUCUGGCUGCCUGAGAGUGAGAUGGAGAAGAUGGAGCUGGAGGUGGGGAUGGAGAUCCGCCUGAGGACUCUGGGAGAUGGACCCUUUGUCUUCUCCUUAGCCAAGCUGGAUGUGGGGACAGUGACCAAGUGCAAUUUUGCUGGUGACCAGCAGGCCGGGGCCUCCUGGACAGACAACAUCUUGGCUUUCAAGGAUCACAGGGAACCGUCCAAUGAGCCCCGAGGACAUGGGGAUGGUGCAGAAGAUGCUGAAUGGGAUGACUGAGGCAAGAAGAACUUAGAGGACGCAAAUGACUCCCUGCAGCUCCUGGACUCUUCUCUAUUCUUCUGUUUCCAAAGCUUCUGGGGAAGGAGGGGGAUGCUCGGGGGUGGGGAGGGAGUGGUGUGUGCUCUCUCAGCAGGGCUGGGAUUCCUGCAGCCUUCCUGAAUCUCUUUACAUGAUUCUUCUUGGGUGCCUGAGGGUGGCAGAUCAGAAGAUUUUACUUUUAAACGUUGCCCCAGACUACUUGUGGGCUCUUUUAUUGCAGGCACUGCCCACCAUGCCUGCACAGCCCCUGGAGCAAAAGCCUCUGCCUCAGCCCUUCAGCAGCACACCAAAAAUUACUGGUAGCAGUUUCAGGAAGACCAAAGAAAGUGAUUGCCACCAGCCACUGAGUGCCAUGCAGUGGGAAACCCCCGUGAGCAGCAGAGGUAGUUUGACCAGCCACAAGUGUGGAGGACAGGUUGGUCAGUGUCUCUGGCCGCAGUGCUGAAAUAGGCUAUCGGAACAGGGAGGUUCCAUCUCUGAGUGCCAAAUGCUGUGGGCAAGCAGCAGGCGAUGGCUGUGUCACCAUAGCAGCUUGAAUGGCUAGUGGUAGCAACUGUAGAAGGCAGCCUGCUGGUCCGGUUCUGCCUUGUGUUCUCAUUUGGUGCCACACGCCUUACCUUUCAGUGGACUGUUUCCUCCUUAGAGCAUGUGCUGGUGAUCCAAGGGGCAGCCUAGGAUUUAGCUUCAUGGGGCUUUUAUUUGGUGCUUGGACAACACCUUCCUUCCUUCUGCUUCUCUCCCAUACUCCUGCCCAUGCUCAGCCCACUCUUCUUCUUCUU